GUCUGUCUAUCCUGCCGUCCGUCCGGCCGGCCAGGGGAGCGGACCCGGGAUGUUUCGCCUUCGUUUCCUCCCUGCUGUGGCAGGGUUGGCCGUAGUCUCACGACGGUAUCACGGAGCAGCCAGGCCUACCCAGAGCAGGCGUCGAUUGAUGGCGGUGGCUUUCCUGGGAGCCUCCGCGGUCACGGCGAGUAGCGGUCUUCUGUGGAAGAGGGCCUAUGCAGAAUCUGCACCGUCAGUCAAACAGAACCUAAAGGCUGAACCUGGUGACAAAGACAAGAAUAAGGAUGAAGAGGAUUCAGAUGACAAUGAAGGAAAGGCUGGUGACUCUAGCUGUGUAGAAGCUCAGCCAGAAGGGAAGAAAAAGAAACAGCGAUGUGGAUUCAGGGACCGCAAGGUAAUGGAGUACGAGAACCGGAUUCGUGCUUAUUCUACUCCAGACAAAAUCUUCCGUUACUUUGCUACUCUGAAAGUAAUUAAUGAGCACGGUGAAUCAGAAGUGUUUAUGACCCCGCAAGAUUUUGUGAGAUCUAUAACUCCCAAUGAAAAGCAACCGGAACACUUGGGACUGGAUCAGUACAUAGUGAAGCGCUUCGAUGGAAAGGAUUUCUGGCAGACAGAGAAGAUAUCGCAGGAACGAGAGAAGUUUGCUGAUGAAGGCAGCAUAUUUUACACACUCGGAGAAUGUGGACUCAUCUCUUUUUCCGACUAUAUUUUCCUCACUACCGUCCUUUCCACUCCUCAGAGAAAUUUUGAAAUUGCCUUCAAGAUGUUUGACCUGAAUGGAGAUGGAGAAGUGGAUAUGGAGGAAUUCGAACAGGUUCAGAGCAUCAUUCGUUCCCAAACCAGCAUGGGGAUGCGUCACAGAGACCGUUCCACCACUGGUAACACCCUCAAAUCUGGCUUGUGUUCAGCUCUGACAACUUACUUUUUUGGAGCCGAUCUCAAAGGGAAGCUGACAAUCAAAAACUUCUUGGAGUUUCAGCGCAAACUGCAGCAUGACGUUCUGAAGUUAGAGUUUGAACGCCAAGACCCCGUGAACGGCCGGAUCACCGAGCGGCAGUUCGGCGGCAUGCUGUUGGCGUACAGUGGUGUGCAGUCCAAGAAACUGACACUCCUGCAGAAGCAGCUCAAGAAGCACUUCAAGGAUGGAGAAGGGCUGACAUUUGAAGAGGUGGAAAACUUCUUUACUUUUCUGAAGAACAUAAAUGAUGUGGACACUGCACUGAGCUUUUACCAUAUGGCUGGAGCUUCUCUGGAUAAAGCGACAAUGCAGCAAGUGGCCCGGACCGUGGCCAAGGUAGAACUGUCGGACCACGUGUGUGAUGUGGUGUUUGCCCUCUUCGACUGUGAUGGGAACGGGGAGCUGAGCAACAAGGAGUUCGUGUCCAUCAUGAAGCAGCGGCUGAUGAGAGGCCUGGAGAAGCCCAAGGACAUGGGUUUCACCCGGCUCAUGCGGGCCAUGUGGAAGUGCGCUCAGGACACCGCCUGGGACUUCGCUGUGCCCAGGCCGUAAGGGGACAUGGUAGACGGCUCUGCCCACCCUCCUCCCCCUUCCACAGGCCCUCGAAGUGGCAGCCUGCCGAGGAUCUACAGAUGGACCCCCCGAUGGGCCUCAAGCCUGUGGCCACCAGAAAAAUUGAUACCUUCCCUGCCACCGCCUCCCAAGAGGGAGGGACACUACCGCUCCCUCCUCUCCCUUUUCCCUCAGGCCCAGCACUCAGCUGAAAUGGCUCUCACCUCCCUCUGGUUUCUAACUCUUUUCCACCUCUAGGAAAAGCUGACCCAAAGUAAUUAGGGGUCCGUAGGGUAGCCGCUUUCUGCGUCCCAUCCCUGGAUAUGUGCAAAAUCAAGAUCUGCCGGGGGGUGAGGGUCAGAUUGGGCUCCAGAAUGAAGGGAGGAAGGCACGAACAUUUCAUAAAAAGGGUGGGGGUUGGUAGCCCAACUCAGGUUGGCUUUUUUGGCCAGGUGCUGUCAGCUUCCUUGUGAAAACUAACCCAUCGCCCGCCGCCUUCACUUCAUCUUGUGUUUUUAAGAGAGCUUUGUUCGAAGACUCUGGCAGGCCGGAGUGAGUCGGUGAUUUGGGCUACCCUGGUUUUGGUUGGGCCUGCCAAACUAAGGAUGUGUUUUGUGGGGAUAUUAGAAUAGCUAACAGGAGACCUGCAUGCACAUGCAGGGGGAUGUUUAGGUCCAAGCCCAGCUUUCCCAAGAAUUAAGCCCAUCGGGUUCAUAUUUUUUUUUUUAAACCACCUUCCUUUCCUCCUGCACUUUGCCUAGUUGAAUCCUCCAUGCCGCUUGACUUAAUAAGCAGCUCUGAACGAGGUGUCUUUUGCGGGCACGUUUCAGAUCGGAGUCCCCCCCUCUGGGUUGCUUUCCCAUUCAGAGGCCUGGGCUUGAAUCGGUGUGACGGAGCUCACGAACAUUUGUAAAAUAUCGUCUUAAUUAUACUGGUUUGCAACAAAA